CUCACAACAGCUGCACCAAUUAUUGUAUAAAAAUGACGAUCAAGGAGACUACCGAUGCUGAAAUGAAGGAAUCAACUUCCCCAACUACUACUACUCUUUCACCAGAAGAGGAAUUGGAAUUAGUUAUUAAAGGAGAAUUGAAGGAUCAAUUAAAGUUAAUUGCUAAAUCAGCCCAACAAGAUGAUCUUGAUAAUGAUAGAAAACAAAUGAGAGCUUUUAGAUUGUUCUACAACAAAUUAAGAAGACAAAUCACAGCCAAGUUGCUCGUUAGCAUUUUGAAGGAAUUGAAAUGUUCUCAUAUUGUUUCAUAUAUUGAAGAUACUAUCGGAAUGCAAGACGAUGAACAAAAGCCAAUCCCAGAAGCUGAAAUUUAUUUAUGGCUUAUUACAAUCAUCUUUUUAACUGAUAAGAAGGAAUAUCGUCGUGCUUAUACUUGUGCUCUUGAUUGCGUGAAAUAUCAACAAACAUUGGAAAAGCAACAAAAGUCUCGCUCUGUCAAUUUCCUCUUCUCUAAAGUGUAUUUUUAUUUCUCCCUUGCUCAUGAAAAGUUGCCAACCAUUUCCAACAAUGAAUUUAGAAAUAUUUUGUUAGGAAGAUUACGUAGUUGUACAUUGUCUCAUGAUAAUUGGAGUCAAUUUGUUAUUUUGAACUGUUUAUUGAGAUCAUAUUUACAAGACAAGCUUGUAGAACAAGCCAACAAACUUUUGAAGAAUGUACCUGUAGAUCAAACAAUUGGACAUGUUGACAACAGUCAAUUGGCUAGAUAUUUCUACUACAAGGGAAGAAUUCAAAGUAUCCAAUUGGAAUAUUCUGAAGCUUUCAACUCUUUGCAAACUGCUCUCCGUAAGGCACCAAGUGCACAACCAAUCAAGAAAUCUCAAGGUACUGAAUCAAUUAAUCCAGCUAAACGUACUUAUGGUGUUGGUAGAGGCUUCCGUAUCCAUACUAACAAGUUGCUUAUUGUUGUUAGCUUGUUGAUGGGUCACAUUCCAGAUCGUUCACUCUUUGUUAAUACUAUUGAAGCAACCAACGAUAGUGUCACUUUGUCACAAUUGAAGCCAUAUUAUGAACUAACACAACAAGUUAGACUUGGUAAUGUUAACGGAUUUGAAACAAUUGUUGAAAAGUAUAGAGAUCAAUAUAUUGCUGAUGAUAAUUUGACACUUAUUAAUCGUAUUAGACAAAACGUCAUUCGUACCGGUUUGAAGUCAAUCAUCAAAGCUUAUUCAAGAAUUUCAUUUGCAGAUGUCAGUCAAAAAUUGCAUUUGAAUGAUGUUGAUAUUAAUGAUGUUCAAGGUAUUAUUGCCAAGGCCAUUAAGGAUGGUAUUAUUGAUGCCAAGAUUGAUGAAAGCACCCAAAGUGUAGAUACAGCCAAGAAUCAAGAUGUUUAUCAAACCAGUGAACCAGCUGAUGAAUUUGACAAACGUAUUCAAUUCUGUUUGAGUUGUAGAAGUCAAUGUAUCAAGGCCAUGAGAUAUCGUGAAGAAAAGAAGAAAAAGCCAACACAACAAGACUCUGAAGAUUCUCUUCAUUUAGAUAUUGAUGAACUUGUGGAUGAAGAACAAACACCAACCACGGAAAAAAACAAUGAAAAUAUUGAAUUAGAAGAUGAUGAACAAUUAAUUACCAGAGCAACGAGACAACAAACGCAAGAAUAUUUCCAAAAACAUAAAAUCUCGCAAAUCAUAAAACAAAAGUUAAAUGAAGCUUUCAAUUUAAAUCAUCAGGAUCCGGUCGAAUAUUUAUUUAGUACAAAGAGGAUCCAACAACAAGAUUUAAAAUUACAACAACAAGAAAAAGAAUUAAAGGAAUUGACCAAAAAACACGAUGAAGAACUCACUGCUCUUCAACAAAGUAAAGAGGCCUCUAGAGAAGCAUUGAUUGAACAAGAAAAACAACUUGUCGAUCAAUUGGAACAAUUAAGAAAGGAACGUAAAGAUUUGGAAGAUAAAAUUCAACAAACAGAACAACAAAAGAAGGUUAGAGAUGAAAAUAGAAAAUAUAAUAUUGAGCUUUUAAAGCAACGAAAUGCAGAACUGUCUCAAGAAAAUCAAAAAUUAUCGAAAGAAUUAUCUGUAUAA